AUGCCUACUACGGAAGAGAGCCCCUUGAUUCCUGUUGCAACAAAUCCUAUCAAGGAGUCUCUCCCUCCUUUGAGGGUCAGGUUGUUCCAGGUUGGAUGCGCAUUGACGUGGUGCUUGUUUGCUGCAGGCCCUAUAUUUGGAUUUGCUGCAUUGAAACCUAUCUUGAUCGAUCAAGGCAUUUACCGCGAAUAUUGCAAAGAAAACAUAGAUACUGGAGAGAAUGACAUGUGUGCUGAGCGUGACCUGAAACUCAACUUUAUGUUCACCAUCGCGGCAGUUAUCACCAACGCUACAGCUUUGGUAGUUGGACGAGUGCUUGACACUUUCGGACCAAGAGUGACAGGAAUAGUUGGCGCAAUUGUGAUAUUCUUUGCUAGUAUAAGUCUCUCACAAGGACAAUCAAUCACUGUAUUUGAUCCCUAUCUUGCAGGCUACAUCGGGCUUGCUUUUGGUGGUCCGUUCGUCUUCAUCAGUUCGUUCCAGCUAGCCAACUCGUUCCCUGGAAGAUCCGGCACUGUGUUAGCUUUCUUGACUGGAGCAUUUGAUUCUAGUUCAGCGUUGUUUCUGAUGUACCGACUUGUGUACCAGCACAAUUGGAUUCAGGACUUGAAUCUCAAGAAGUUUUUCACUGCUUAUCUUAUCGUGCCAAUUUUCAUAUUGGUGUGUCAGCUCACAGUGAUGCCCAAAAAGUCUUAUAAAACAGUGGAAACCUUAGCUAAAAUAGGAGAAACAGGAAUCGACGAAACGGGUCUGCCAAUGGAUCCUGAGGAUCUUAGAUAUUCUCAGGCCCGGAUCAAUGCUCAAAGAUCGCGUAGGCCAUCCAUCAAAUCUGUGAGAUCUAAUAGAUCAACAAAGUCAGUGUAUGAAGAGAUUGCUGAGAACCGUCUAUAUGAGAAAUCAGGAGGAGUUUCUGGAGUGCUGCAUAACAAAUCUUUGAAGGAACAAAUGACAUCUCCUUGGUUCACCCUUAUGGUUUGUUUUGCCACCAUUCAAAUGCUUAGAGUCAAUUAUUUUGUGGCAACUAUACGGUCCCAAAUGGAAUAUUAUUUCCAGGACGAAGCAAUUGCCGUCCAAAUCAAUAAGUUCUUUGAUGUUGCUCUUCCAGUUGGAGGCGUGUUUGCCAUUCCUUUCAUUGGCGUUUUGCUGGACAACUUCAAAAUCGUGACAGUGUUAUCGAUCUUGCUUCAAAUUUCGCUCUUGAUAGGAAUAUUCGGAAUGGUUCCUGUACAGAUUGUGCAAUACUUGGGUAUUGUCAUGCUCGUGGUUUAUCGUCCAUUCUACUACACAGCUGUUUCAGAUUAUUGCGCUAAAGUGUUUGGCUAUCGAACUUUUGGAACGGUUUAUGGGUCCAUCAAUUGCAUCUCUGGAUUAUUUAAUGUGCUACAGGCCCCUCUCGACAAUGCUACACAUACCGUAUUCAAAAUGAACCCUAAUCCUGCUAACACGCUACUUGUUGGAUUGACAUUCAUAGCCGGUCUUGCACUUAUCAGUUAUAUCAAAGGACAAGAAAUUGAGCUGAAAAAGAGAAACAUUAUAGAUGAAGCCAUGCACAGUGACGUUGUGGAAAUAGGAGAUUAG